AAAACAAAACAAAUUGCUUCAGAAAAUCCGAAAAAUUUACAAAAAAAAAAUACAAAAAUGUUGUUAGAUGAUAAACAACAAAAAUAUAAACAAUUUGUGGAUAAAUUAUUAGUAAGAUGCCAAGAAUUACAGACCGAAAAUGAGCGACAUGUUUUAAGAAUCAAUACCAUCAAAAAACUUAUACGACGUCGUGUACGGGAUGUGGAACUCCUAAAACGCCGCUUAGAUCUACACAACGACAAUUGGCGUGCCCUACCCAUGGUAGCACCACAUCCAAAACGUAAAAUUGAACAGAAACGCGGCCCCAAACCCAAAAAUAAGGACACCAAUGGUUCGGAACAGAAGGAGAAAAAAGUGCGCAAGCAACGUGCUAAGAAAAAUGGAGACGAUAACAAUAAGUCGGUUGUCAAUAAUAGUUUGGCUGAAGUACAAGAUAUGCUGGAGCAAACACGCUAUCAAGAAAGCCAGGCUCAACAGCUGCUAAUGAUGCAACAGCGACAAAUGAAUUUAAAAAAUGAUCAAUUACUUUGAUUGCUGGUUAAUGUUAGAAUAUUGAAUGUGAAGGAUUUGAAUUGAAUAGUCAUUUAAGAAAUUAGAUGUAUUAAAAAAACUUACCAUGUUUUUUAUAUAAUUAGUAUUUUUAAGCUUGAAUAAAUAUAAAUGUUUGUGAA